GUUGCAAGAGCACGGUAGCCUGCUCUAUAGCAGGCGGUUGUCGGUUGUAGCUGAAUGCCCGAUGGAUCUCACUUUGUUUCCGUUCGAUUCUCAAACGUGCAAACUUGGCAUCGAGAGCUGUAUGUUGCAAGAGCACGGUAGCCUGCUCUAUAGCAGGCGGUUGUCGGUUGUAGCUGAAUGUCCGAUGGAUCUCACUUUGUUCCCGUUCGAUUCGCAAACUUGCAAACUUGGCAUCGAGAGCUAUGGAUACACGGCAGAUCAGGUCCGAUAUAAGUGGUCCAACGGAUCCAAGGAAGCACUGAAAUUGCACAAAAUAAGGCUACCCGAUUUUCAAAUCAAAGAAGCUUAUGUAACCAAUGGAUACACGGCAGAUCAGGUCCGAUAUAAGUGGUCCAACGGAUCCAAGGAAGCCUUGAAGUUGCACAAAAUAAGGCUACCGGAUUUUCAAAUCAAAGAAGCUUAUGUAACCAGUCAAAUUGAAUCGUACGCUACAGGCAACUACAGUCGGUUGUACGUAUGUUUUGUGUUCACUCGAGCAGCAGGAUUUUGCUUUCUGCAGCUGAUAAUUCCAUCGACAGCAGUUGUUAUCACAUCAUGGGAUAUGAUAUCUAUUAUUCUAACAAUUACAUUUUUGUUGUUUUCCUACAAUGAGGUAAUGCCGCGUGUCAGCUACAUCAAAGCAAUGGAUGUUUAUCUUGGUGUAUGUUUUUGUAUUGUAUUCUUUUCACUUAUCAAACUUGCGGUCGUUAAGUACAUGAGGCAGCGCCUGCGCAUCACCAGGUAUACACUUUAUUAUUGACA